AUGUACGCAGCGGGAAUGACAAUAAUGGCAGUUUCUGUUGGCGAAAUUUGCGAGAACACGAAGUUGGCGAGGGAGAUGGCACUGAUGGGGAACUAUGAGUCGGCGCUGGUGUACUACGAAGGCACCGUGCAGAUGAUCCAUAGACUGCUCAUCACCAUCGCGGACCCUACACGCAAGUCCAAGUGGCAACUGGUUCAAAAGCAGAUGGCACGCGAGUAUGAGCAGUUGAAAGCAACGGUGGCUACCUUGCAGAUGUUCCAGCACGAAGGCGAGAAAGCUAUCACACCACUUGCGGGCAACUACGAAGACCUACCAACACGUGACCAGAUGUGGGCCCCAGCGCCACACGAGCUCGACCCCGAUAUAUGGCCCCCACCGCCUGACAGAGACCCCAACGCGUGGCCCCCACCCACCAGCGUAGAACACAAAGGGCCUCCCGCAAUGAAAUCAGCACGAGCUAACCCCAGGACGGCUCGCAACGACAAUAAAAAGACUACACCUGCCAAUCGCAAUGCAACCUCUUCACAACGAAAAACCUCCGAUGUUAGGAAUCCUAAAAAUGCAACAAAUAAAGCACAUAGCGCAAAAACAAAGGAUACAAGCAAUAAAGAACACAGCAAUAAGGACAAGCAAGACAGGGACAAUAACAACGGUGAUACUGAUGAUGAGAAACAUAAGGACGAGGAGAGGAGGUUCGAGCCACCGUCAGCCGCUGAUGGAGACCUGGUUGAUAUGCUCGAGCGAGAUAUAGUACAAAAGAACCCCAACAUCCGAUGGGACGAUAUCGCUGACCUGGCAGAAGCCAAGCGACUGCUGGAGGAAGCCGUAGUCUUGCCCAUGUGGAUGCCCGACUUCUUUAAGGGCAUCAGACGGCCGUGGAAGGGCGUCCUGAUGGUGGGUCCCCCGGGCACGGGUAAGACGAUGCUGGCGAAGGCAGUGGCCACGGAGUGCGGCACCACCUUCUUCAACGUAUCCUCGUCUACGCUCACCUCCAAGUACCGCGGGGAGUCCGAGAAACUAGUCAGAUUGUUAUUUGAAAUGGCCCGGUUCUACGCGCCGAGCACAAUCUUCAUAGACGAGAUAGACUCGUUGUGCUCACGGCGCGGCUCGGACAGUGAGCACGAGGCAUCGCGCCGCGUCAAGUCCGAGCUGCUCGUGCAGAUGGACGGACUCGGGUCUGCUACGGAUGAACCUGCUAAAGUAGUAAUGGUGUUAGCAGCGACAAACUUUCCGUGGGACAUAGACGAGGCGUUGCGGCGGCGGCUGGAGAAACGUAUCUACAUCCCACUGCCGACGCAGGAGGGCCGCGAGGCACUCCUCGGCAUCAACCUCCGGGAGGUUAAACUAGACCCUGAGGUAGACCUCCGAGCUAUCGCCAAGAAACUCGAUGGCUACUCCGGUGCUGAUAUCACUAAUGUCUGCCGGGACGCAUCAAUGAUGUCGAUGCGACGCAAAAUAGCUGGCCUAAAACCCGAGCAGAUCAAACAACUUGCCAAGGAAGAACUCGACUUGCCGGUCACGAAGCAGGACUUCAUGGAAGCGCUAGCCAAGUGCAACAAGUCCGUGUCCAAGGGAGACAUUCAGAAGUACCUCUCCUGGAUGGCAGAGUUCGGCUCCUCCUGA